AACAAAUCACAUCGUCGGAGAUCUUGGUCCCCUCCUACUCCCCUCCCGUCUUCACCCCCUCCCUCCGUCCGCCCCCGCCGCCUCCGCCAGGCGUGGCUCGAAGCCCCCUCCCGCCCCAGCCGCGCGGCGCCGCGCGGGGUGUGUGCGUUCUCCCCUGGCAGCGUGCGUCCAAGAGAUGGCCAGGGGCUUCGCCGGAGGCAGGGGCGGCGUCCUGGAUGGCCAUUCCAUAUUCGACCAGGCGCCCGUGGCAAUCCUCGCCGUGGGUACCAAUGAGCUCAUCGCCGAGGUCAACAUGGCUGCCUGUGCUCUCAUGGGCUGGCAGGGCAGGGGCGCGGUGGGCAAGGACUUCUUCAGCCUCGUCUCCGAGCCUGGCCGGGAAGCGGCGCGGCGCGCCUUCCACUGCGCGCUGGAGAGCGGCGGCAGGGAGGAGGCGCGCGUCCGGCUCCUCACGUACGGCGGCACCCACAAGCAGGAGGGGACUGCACCGGGGGGCUGCGCAUCUCAUCUCGGCAGGGUCUGGAGCACGAAGCAGAACCUCGAGAAGAACAACGCCCUCCUGAUGGAUCAGACGGAGCACCUGCAGCUGCAGCUCGGCUUCCAAGCCGCGAUGAGCGGGAUGAACGGGGGCACGCGCUCUCUCGGGGCUUGGGCCAACUCGAACGGCCCGAUGGAUUGCACCCGCAGCGGACCCCUCUACUACUCCGACCUCCUGUCGGCGGGGGGCAGCCUGGGCACGCUCGGCUCCAGCCUGCAGCACGGCAACGGCCUGUCGGCAGGGCCCUUCGGCGCGGCCGGCUUCUCACAGGCGUGCCCCCCAACGAGAGCCUCCAAGGCGAAGUCGCAUUCCCCAACGUGCCCUUCUGUAGAGUCUAGUCGGGCCAGAGGAGGCUAAUUCGAGCGGCAGAUGCGCCCGAUUUGCUUGGGACAGCCCCUGCUCGCGAAUAAUCGCUGCCAGUGGCACAGCGACAAGAUGGCCUCUUGCGCAGCCCUUGUGGCUGCUCGAGUCAUUCUAUCGGCGUGCUCUUGAUAUUCUACAUCACGUUGUAACAAUCGCGCUGCUCCAACGUAAUUCGAUUUUGCAACCCAUCCUGGAAGGAAGGGCGUUCGCCGUGAGACGGUAACCAUCGUCGGUCGGGCAGAGUUUAGUUGUCUUGCUCCUGCACGGAGAUGGCGUGACACGCAAUCUUUCGUCAGCAUUUUGCAAGAGCCAACAGCACGUAGGACAUGCGUCUCAGGAGCUCUGGACUAUUUCCAGCGGCUCGGAUUGCCAGCAAUGAAGACAUACCUCGGCUAUGCGUUUCAGCCGCUCUUGCGUAUCAAUCCGAACGGCCCGCGCCGCAGAUUCUGAAUCGCGGUAGUUUGCCAUGACUGUCAGCUCAGGUGGG